GUGCUCCGCCAGUGCCGUCCAGCCACCUCUGCCCCUGCCGUUACCGCCCAGCCAUGGUGCUAAUUUGGGGCAGUACAGCAAAGGCUACUAUGCCCCCGGAAAAGGAAUUUCUCGGCGAAGCGCAACCCCCAACUCAAGAGGCCUGGCCCCCCCAUGGAGCCCCCCGUGGUCCAGCCCAUCCCGCCGGUCCAGCAUCCAGCCCACCUGGGCCACGGCGAAGAGAUGCCGGCGCCCAUGAAGAGACGGCGCAGCACCAGUCCCGAUCAGAAUUGUGGUAAUGGGGGAGGCCAGCAUCUCUCCGGUUCCGGAGCCCCCGGCAACCCCCACUAUCAGCUGGCCAAGCCUGGAUUAUGGAGCCCCCUCCAUGGAGACCAUUGGGCCCAGGAGCGCAAGAACUUGGCCGUCCCAGAGAGACAAGUAAGGCUGUGGCCCCACUUUAAGGCCCCCCACCCGCCCCCGAAGGAGGGAAGGGAGGCUUCUUCUAAUCAUUACCAAACGCCGGCUAUGGAGUCGUCCAGCCCCACGGCGGAGAACGGUGGACGCAAACCGCCCCCACCCUCCCGCCCCGCCCCUUGCCUCGCCCCCCGCAACCUGCCCUGCGCGCGCAUGCAGCCCCCGCCUCCCAACCUCGCUGGGCCACCGCCAGCCGCCGCCCCACCCCCUCCCUUGGCUCCCCAGUGCCCCCCAGCCCCUCCCCCUCCCCCUCCGUUGCCCUGGCUGAACAAAGCGGGGGAGGGCAAGGCCGAGGACGAAGACCCCCUGGGGGACAUCCUCUUCGGGUGCGGUGGGGAGCCCUGCGGGGCCGACCCCCCGUCCUUGGCCCAUUGCGACUCGGGGUGCGGCUUCCAGGAUUCGGGGCCCAGCAGUCAGCAAGGGAGCUUCUCCCGCCCCCAUGAAGGGACUGGGGACACUCCCGGGCCGGCCAGCCCCGAGCCUUCGCCAGCCCCCCAAUUUUGGCUUUCCGAGAGCAGCCGGGAAGAGAACGGAUCCGGGGGUGCCAGGCCCCGGAAUCCGAGCCCCUCAAUUACCUCAGGAACCUUCAGGUCCCCAGAAAGCCCCCCGCCGUUGCCGGUGCCGCCACCGCCACCGCCCCCGCUGCCUCCACCGUCCCGGGCCUCGUAUCCAAAGACGCCGGAGCCACCAGGGGUGCCCGCCGCCAUGGAGGCAUCCUCCGACCGCCUCUUCGGCUUUGCCAGCCCUCCGUUAGAAGAUCAGUUUGAGGAACCCCCUGAGUUCUCCAAGAUUUUGCCGGACGGGCUGGCCAACAUCAUGAAAAUGCUGGACGAAUCCAUCCGGCGCGGGGAAGAAGAGCGGGAGGAGAGCUUUCCGCCGCCGCCACCCCCUGCCGCCCUGCUCCCUAGCCCCCCACCCCUGGCAAGGCCCAAGCUGCCCUCGGCCUCCGCUGGUUCCUUCGAUUACCCCAAACCACCUGGGCAGGACCCCCCUGAGCCCCCUUGCCUCUAUCGCUUCGGCAAGCGGGACACAGAAGAGCAGCGUCCCCCGGCACUGGCCGCCGCGGGCUCCGGCGGGGCGAAGUUUGCCCCCCACAACACCCCGUCCCUUCUCAAGUCUUUGGCCAAUGUGCUGGAAGGGCAGAAACACUCCUAUCGGCUCAAACCGAUAACUCCCCCAGGUGCUAAGAUCUCCCCCCCAGCCGGUGCGAGCCAGAGCCCCCUACCCCAAUUCACUACCUCAGGCCAAGCGUGGGCUGGGGCCCCUGGCGGUGCCACGGAGGAACGCACCUCCACGCCGCCACCCUUGCCCACCCCUCGGCCCGUGAAGACCGAGUCGGAGGUGUUGGAGGAGAUCAGCCGCGCCUGCGAGACCCUGGUGGGACGAGCGGGACGGGAGAAGAGCCCCCCGCCUCCUGCUAGUCCCCCACCCGCCCCGGCCUCCCCUCCGCCCGCUCCUCUCCCGGCCACUGUGCCUCCAGCGCCCCCGCCACCGACCCCUCCGCGCCCCAAGGAUGAAUCCCGUAAGCCACACAUGGAACACCGCCGGCACCGUCGGUCCAAUCGCGACGGCUCGCGGAGACACCGGGAUGGUAAAGCUCGCAAGGGGAAGAACCGGCAGAUCCUGGGCAGUUUGGACGUGCAGAGCUCCGAGGGCCAAGCCCGGGAGAACGGGGCCAAGCCCCCGCCGCCACCCCCACCGCCUCCACCCGAGCGGAGGUCUCCGGUCAAGAAGGAAGAAGGCCCGGUGGGCUCAAUGUCCACCAUGGUGUGCUCGGCUGACCUGCUGAAGCUGCGCUCCUUCACGGAGGGUCCCCCUAAGGAGCUGAAGAUCCGGCUGAUCAAGGUGGAGAGCGGGGACAAGGAGACCUUCAUCGCCUCCGAAGUCGAGGAGCGACGCAUCCCCCUGAGCGAGGUCACCAUCAACCACUCGGCCGCGGAGGUCGUGAGGGCCAGCAAG